AUGUCUGACGACGAGAGCAUGUACGAUGAAGCCAGCCUUGAAGCUGGGCCAAGCCGUGCAGACCUUGACAAGCAGCUAGAUGAGGAAUAUCCCAACCGCCCCCGAAAUCACGGCAAGACUCUUCCCUUUCACACCCUUUUCGAGGACCUCUUCAAUCCUCUUAUUGACAACAGGCAAAAGAAGCCAACAGCAGCCGCCGUCAACCGCAGAAAAGUAGGUCCACAUGGCCAGUCCAAUUUAUCUCCCUCUGAGAGGCGGCGUGCGAUCAUUGAAAGAUACAUUUCUCGUUGGCGAAAGGAGGUGGGCCCUGACUUCUUCCCGGCAUUUCGGCUUAUCAUCCCAGACAAGGACCGUGAACGUGGAGUCUAUGGGCUUAAAGAGAAGAUCAUUGCCAAAUUGCUGAUCAAAAUCAUGAAGAUCGACAAGAACUCCGAGGACGGCUACAGUCUUUUGAACUGGAAGCAGCCUGGUCAGACGGCUGCAUCACGAAUGGCAGGAGAUUUCGCGGGGCGCUGUUAUGAGGCCCUUUCAAAGCGACCGAUGAGGGUCGAAGUUGGAGACAUGACUAUUGGUGAAGUCAAUGAGCUCUUGGAUAAGUUGUCAGGGGCUCCAAGGGAGGAGAAUCAGCUUCCGAUCUUGGCCGAGUUCUACAAGCGCAUGAAUGCGGAAGAGCUGAUGUGGUUGAUCCGUGUCAUUCUGAAACAGAUGAAAGUGGGUGCUACCGAGAAAACCUUUUUCCACAUCUGGCACCCUGACGCGGAGAGCCUUUUCAAUGUGUCCAGCAACCUACGAAGGGUGUGCUGGGAGCUGUACAACCCCGAGGUCCGUCUCCAAGACGAGGAGGCUGGAGUCACGCUGAUGCAGUGUUUCCAACCUAUGCUGGCCCAGUUCAAGCAAGAAUCUCUCAAGAAGGUGAUGGAGGCGCUGAGGCCAACUCCGGACGACCCCGAGUUCUGGAUCGAGGAGAAACUAGACGGCGAACGCAUGCAGAUGCAUAUGAUCACUGACGACAGCCAUCCAGGUGGGAGACGCUUCCGAUUCUGGUCCCGAAAAGCCAAAGAUUACACCUAUCUGUAUGGUGAUGGGUUUUUCGACCCCAACGGGGCGCUCACUCCGCACAUUAAAGAUAGCUUCGCAGACGGGGUUGAAAACAUCAUCCUCGAUGGCGAGAUGAUAACGUGGGAUCCCAAUGAGAAAGCACCGGUGCCUUUCGGGACGCUAAAGACCGCCGCACUGGAGGCACAACGCAAUCCUUUUGCCCAAGGCCACCGACCUGUUUUUCGGAUCUUCGACAUACUUUUACUCAACGACCAGCCCCUAACUCGCUAUACUCUGCGAGAUCGCCGCAAAGCGUUGGCUGCUAGCGUGAGAAGCCAGCCCGAACGCUUUGAAAUUCACGAAUACACUGUAGCAACAAAAGUGGAAGAUGUUGAAGACCUCCUUCGGAAGGUGGUGGCAGAGGCUUCCGAGGGCUUGGUACUCAAGAAUCCCAGAUCCAUGUACCGUCUGGAUGACCGUUCUGGCGAUUGGCAGAAAGUAAAGCCAGAGUAUAUGGAUGGAUUCGGCGAAGAGCUUGACUGUCUUAUCAUUGGCGGGUUUUAUGGCUCAGGUAAACGCGGUGGAAACCUGUCCAGCUUCCUGUGCGGUUUGCGUGCCUCGAGCAAGGCCUUACAAAAGGCGACCCAAUCUCAAAGUCAGAGCCAAAGCCAACGACGUCACCAAAAGUCCCUCACUCAAAGCCAAAGCCAGGAUCAACCCUCGCAACUACAGCAUACUCAGUCUCAGUCCCAAGCUGAACCCGGAGCUGAAUCGUCCGAAUCAGGAGGCCCAAUCGAGAACUUUAUUUCCUUCUUCAAAGUUGGAGGCGGCAUGACAGCCAACGAUUACGCCACCAUCCGCCACGCUACAGACGGGAAAUGGCAUCCAUGGGAUUCCCGUCGGCCCUCUGCGAAGAACUAUAUCGACCUGGGCAACUUGAGCUUGCUCAAGGAGAGACCGGAUAUGUGGAUCAAACCUUCCGACUCUCUGGUUGUGCAGGUGAAAGCUGCACAAGUCACAGUCAGCGAAGACUACGGCUUUGGGAAGACACUGCGAUUUCCUCGCUUCAUGAGACUGAGAAGGGACAAGGAUUGGAAGACCGCCCUCUCUGUCAACGAGUUUGAGGAUUUACAAGCCAAGGCCGAGGAUAAGGAGAAAGAGAAGGCGAUGAAAGUUGACCAGCAGCGCAAGGAGAAACGCAAGGCCCGCGCUGGCGGAUAUGCAAGUCGGAAGAAACCGCUCACCGUGGCCGGAUACAAUGCCAGAGAUGUAAACAGUGUUAAGUUGCCAGAGGGACCGAGGGGAACCGUCUUUGCAGGAUUGACUUUCUAUAUCAUGACGGAGUCCUCUUUACCCGGGGAUCGCAAGAAGACGAAGCUCGAGCUGGAAGCCUUGGUCAAGGCUAAUGGUGGCAAGAUUGUGCAAACAGCAACUCCAACAUCUGAGGACCAACAAACUGUGAUAUGUAUUGCAUCCCGCAGAACCGUCAAAGUCGCAUCUCUGGAGAAGCGCGGCGAAAAGGAAAUCGUCAAGCCGAUGUGGAUCUUUGACUGCAUCGACCAAGCCAAGCGGGACUUUGCUAGAGGAUAUACGGAGGAGAUGAUCGUCCCUUUCGAGCCGGAACGCCACCUCUAUUUCAUACCGGACAGCAUGAGAGAGCAGGACACUGUGGAUGAAUUUGGGGACAGUUUUGCCAGGGAUGUAGGCGAGGAAGAGCUCAGAGAGAUCAUGGCAAAGAUGGGCACUGUCGAGAUUGAAGAAGAGGAAGUGGAGAGAGUCCCAGACCUCUUUGGCGAUGAGUUUUUCAACAUGAAAGGUUUCAUGUUCCACGGCCUGGUAUUCUUCUUUGAUCAGCCCCCAAUUCCCAAGGCGCGGAACGGAACAGCGCAAUCGUCGAGCUUGGACUCGAACUCUACCACUCCAUCAACCACAACUGCGGCGGCAAAUUCCACUUCCUCUUCCCAAGCUCUCGCCCAAUUCGCGAGCGCCCAUGUCCUUUCCCCCACGACAUACACCACCCUCUCAUCAAUCCCCUCUGAUCUCAGAUCAACCAUCACACACAUCAUUUCCAGUCCUGAAUCAGAUCUCGCAGACUUGAGGAGACAGGUCUCGCGAUGGGAUACGAGGAAAAUUCCAAGGAUCAUGACACAGGAGUGGAUUGAUGUUUGUUGGAAGGAAGGGACGAGGGUUGAUGAGGAGGCAUACGUCGCUAGAUGA